GAACUUUUUGAUAAGCCGGUUGGUUAACUGACUAAAAUAGCGAAUGGAUUCCACCAAUUUGGCUGAAAAGUUGCGAAAAAAUAUGUGGAAGUAUCAAGAUAUGCUCAGUACACCAAUAGAAGGUGUGAAAUUGAAAAAAUCAAAAUAUUUCAACAACCAGCGCAAGAAAGAGAGAAUUCUCAUUAACCAUAGGGAUCCUUUAUGGCACCCUCCCAGAUCACCUUUCAACUUAGUACAAGAACAGUUAUACAUGGACCCUUGGAAGGUUCUUAUUGCCACCAUCUUCCUCCAUAGGACAUCAGGCAAGUCAGCCAUCCCGUAUUUGUGGAAGUUUUUUGAAAAGUAUGACUGCCCCGGCAAAGUUAUAUCAGCGGCCGCUACAUCAUCGCGAACGCCUUCGUUAUCAAAAUUAUCAUCACAAGCGUCAACUUCAUCGCCACAACCACCAACAACGACAUCAUCAUCAUCAUCACAGCCAUCAUCAUCAUUAUCAUCACAGAUGUCAUCACAAUCAACAUCGUCGCCAUCAUCACAUCAACCAUCACAAAAUCAAAUUUGUAUGAAGAAUCACGAUGACGACGACGACGAUGAUGAUGAUGGUGAGAGAGAGUAUAACAACAAUAAUGAUGACAAAAACGAUGAUGAUGAUGAUGUUAAUGGCAAAGGUGUUGAUAAUGAUGAAGUAUAUACGGACAUAUCAAAUCUAAUGAAACCUCUUGGAUUAAGUAGGAAGAGAGCUCAAAUAAUUAAAAAAUUUUCAUAUGAGUAUCAGACGAAAGAAUGGAAGGACCCCUCUGAGUUGUACGGUGUGGGGAAAUAUGGAAGUGAUUCCUACAACAUAUUCUGCGUUAAUCGCUGGAAGAAGGUUGAGCCAAACGAUCACAAGCUGAAUAAGUACCAUGAUUGGCUGUACGAGAAUCAGCUCGCUUUGGGAUUGUUUGACGACGAUGAUGACGAUGAUGGUCGAGAUUAAAAGAUUGGUAAAGAUUAAAGAUAUGAUUGUGGUAAUGAUUUUCUAAUAGAAAAAAAAUUGUGUCAAAAAAAAAAGUUUAACACUUGUCAGAAAUUCGUUAACGUUUGCAUGAUAUGACGGCUGGUUUAGUUGUAUCCAUUAGAAUAUGCUUUCAUUUGUUGUGAUAGUUAUAGCUGUGUGAGUUUUUUAAUGAAGUUUUGAAGUAUUUUGUGAGUCCGGUGAAAAAGGAUUUUCAUUAAAAUAAAAAAAUUUGCAAUUUAAAGAAGCAAGGAUGACGAUGACAGUCUAUGAAAUAUUUACGGCCGGUUGAUGGCGGUCUGAAGGGGCAGUUGGUUUAAUGGCUUGAGUUCAAGGGUCAACGACGUAUCGGGCGGCGAGUUGGUGUAAUGGUUAAAGCGCCUGGCAAUGAUUUUGCGGCAACUUGGUUUGAAUGCGCGUGUAGUAUGUGUGAAACAGUGAUUUACGUGUAUUUGCACAUCUUUGUUGCCUGAUACCUCUCUGGUGAAUGCUAAGACGUGAUUCGUGAAAAGCAAUUUAUGACAAAAUAACUAUUGAUAAAAUUAUUUAUUUCUUUUUUAGUCUUUUAUUAUU